CAGGAGCCGGCUGCUGGGCUGAAGCCGCGGUCUGCGGGGCUCAUGCUCGCGUGCAUGGACUGGAUUUACACAGUGAUUCCCUCUGAUGUGAAUGCAGCAUCUCUUGUCCCUCUGGGAUGCCAUAGGUGAUGCCCAGCUCUACUGCAAUGGCAAUUGGCGCUCUCUCUAGUUCUCUUCUUGUAACCUGCUGUCUCAUGGUUGCUCUCUGUAGCUCCACCAUACCUGUGCAAAAACUGGCCAAGGCUCCAGACAAACAGGAGAUAAAAACAAGCCAGGAAAAGAGGGAUCAUACAUCAACCAGGCCGGACAGUCAGAGUCAGACAGGCCCAGGGAAAAUGAAUGAAAUUGGAAGGAAUGGGCGGGAAGAGGGCACCAGAGAUUGGAAGAGUAAAGGAAACAGAAAUUAUUCAAACAAAGAAUCUUGGACUAGGCAAAAACAAAUUUGGAAUAGUCAAGGAACAAGCAGUAAAUCUGGGAGCAUUCAAGCACAAGAGCAAAGGGAUGGUGUUCCAGAGGAACCUCAGGCUGCUGAAGAAUCAUCCCUCCCAGAAGUUGUUGCUAGUACUACUCCUGAGCCUCCGGAGGAGUAUGCCUAUCCAGAUUACCGUGGGAAAGGCUGUGUGGAUGAGAGUGGCUUUGUUUAUGCUAUCGGGGAGAAGUUUACUCCAGGUCCCUCUGCUUGCCCCUGUCUUUGCACUGAUGAGGGACCUCUGUGCAUUCAACCUGAGUGCCCAAGACUUCAUCCACGGUGUAUUCAUGUAGACACCAGUCAGUGCUGCCCACAGUGCAAAGAGAGGAAGAACUACUGUGAGUUCAGAGGAAAGACCUACCAGACACUAGAAGAAUUCAUGGUUUCCCCAUGUGAGAAAUGCCGUUGCGAAGCCAAUGGUGAAGUGCUGUGCACAGUGUCUGCUUGUCCUCAGACUGAAUGUGUGGAUCCAGUGUAUGAGCCAGAUCAGUGCUGCCCCAUCUGCAAAAAUGGCCCAAACUGCUUUGCAGAAACCACUGUCAUUCCAGCUGGCCGAGAGGUGAAGACUGAUGAAUGUACUAUAUGUCACUGUACUUACGAAGAAGGCACUUGGAGAAUUGAACGACAAGCUAUGUGCACUAGACAUGAAUGCAAACAAAUCUAGGGAAUCUACAAAUCAAAAGUACUCUGAUGUUUUUAAAAAAUAUUUCACUGUGGUGAAAACCCUAGAUAAGCCUGGGAAAGAUUAUUCAUUGUAAUAAGAAUAUUUUUGGUGAGGAGAAAAGAUCAUCAUAUUGCAGUAUUACAUUACUAUGAAAAACAAAAUACCAAGACAAAGAAAUCCAUAUAUUUAAAAAAGUUUGGACAUAAAAAAUCCUGUUUUAACACUUUAUUUUCACGGUGAGUGCACUGAGUACUCUAUCAAAUAUUAUAUGUAUUUAUAUAAUUUCAUGAUAGAAGUUAAAAUAAAUGUUUUAUAUAGAUACAGCUUAAAAUACGGUACGGUUGCCUGUCCUAUUAUGUACAUGCACUAUGCCUAAAACAUUUCCGUUUUAGUUUUAUCAUGACUAUUUUUGGUGGGCAACAAUAACAGACGUGUGGCCAGAAAAUAGCCAGCAAAUCAAUCACAUAUUUCAGGUACUUUGAAGUUCUACCUUUUGAAAAUAUACGGUAUAAGCUUUAAAAGAAUGUGCUAAAUUUAUUAUUUGUGCAAAAGUAGGCCAAAUUCUCUUCUCAGUUAUUCUGGUGCAUCUCCAGUGGGCCUGCACUAGUAUAACUGGGAAGAGAGUAUGAAAUUGUGACUUUGAUUAUAGUAAUUGUUUCAGAACUCUAAACACAGAUCCUAUAAGAAUUAAUUUCAGGUAUAUACACAUCACAUCAGGAUGAAUUCUUUUGUGAUGUAAAGCAUCCCAUAUCUGAUAUAAUGGCUGUAAGUGACAAAACAAUGAAACUUGCAACAAAUUUACAUUUAAUGGUUGUGAAAAACAAGUACAACUGACAACAGAGGGUGACAGGGCAUGUAACAGGAGAACCAACUAACCAGGUGUAAGAUAAAGCAGGUCUCCACUCUUUUAUUUAAAAAUGCUUUUGUUUUUCUGCUACUCUCAUAUAUUACACUUGGGUUGAAUCACUACUGAGGCCCAGGUUCAAGAAAGCCUUAAGUAUGGACUUAACAUAUGCUUUGCUGAAUUAGUGCAAUGUUAGGAAUUAGUAGUUGACUACAUGACACCUGAUGCGUAACUUACAUUGUUUAUCUCUCAGACUUCUAUCAGGAUUUUAAUGGAAGUUUUGCCAUUGACUUCGAGAGGCCAGGAUUUCACAUCAAGUAUGGAUUUUGCCCACAUACCUAUCAAUCGCCAGACAAUUGUUUUUCUCUUAACUAGAUCAAGGACAAGAAAAUGAGGAAACUACAAAGCAGCAAAGACAUAAAAUGCAUAGCAAAUUUAAGUAACCAUAACAAUUACAAAUCUGAAGAAAAAUAAUCCUACAACAAAAUGUACCUUCAAGUUCACAUAUAGCCUCAGUACAUCCCAGGUGGACAAUCAAGGAAAGUGGGUUUUGGACUGAUUUAUUAUUUUUUCAAACCUCUUCUGAACCCAUCAACUAUCAAAAUGAUUUUCCUCAAGCCUAUGUACAUGUAUAUAAAGUACAUCAAAAUAUUAUACUAAAACGCUGUUAUCAAUAAGCAGCAGAAUGUCUGACACAUGUACUGUACAUAUUUCACUCUUAGCAUAAAAAUAUUACUCUGCUAGCGGUAGUUAAUGGAAAUCACUAAUGGGCAGAUUGUGAAGAGCAUCAUCACAUGUGCACCCCACAUGCUAAGCACUCUGGACAUAAAAGUGCUUGAUCCUGCUACCUAUACCAACAAUAGUACCUCAUUCCAUGAGUAGAAAUUACUAGUGCAGUAAGGGCCUACUCAAUCUAACUAAAGGUGGCAGAAUUUGGCCCUAAAUCAAAGCCAAAUCCUAUUCACCUUACAAAAGUAGUUAUGUUACUUAGAUGAAUAAAGCAAACAGAUUUUGGUCCCAAGUUGCUAAGAGCUAGAUUCAGAAAGGUACCUAGGAUUCCAAUGCUUAGGUGCCACUGGCAUUUUGAAAACCAUCACUCAGGCACCUGCAAGACUAAGCGGAAGCUGAGUUUCUACCAGUCAGCAUUUGCAACAUCCUAAUGCUCACCCACAGCUAAUGAGUGAGGCUUCUGAGCAACCCAAGCCAAAGCCCUCUUAGGAUUCUCAACCCAGGCAUUCUCCACCUUCAAAAGAAUUGACUGAAAGACCCAACUCAGAAUACCCAUCAACACAGAGAUUAGGGCACUCAUCUGGAAUGGAGAGGUAGGUUCAAAUCCCUGUUCUAAUUCAGGGGCAUAGUUAAUACUGAGCAUUUUCCACUUCAAAUUUUUAAUCCUGAUACCAACAUAUCCAUUUCACCCAAAUUUCCUGUCUGAUUUAUGUGAUUCCUCAGGUCUCUCUAGUUUACUGAAGUUGUUUCUCUAAUAUUGUUGAGUUGCAGAGACUGCUGUUUAAAAAUCAUGAUUGGGAGGAUGACAAGAUGGCUAUGGAGAUUCAUAAUGGGCUAUGGAGUCUUUUACAUCUAGGUCACCGAACAAAAAGCCAGCCCAGGUCCAUAGUAGAAAAUAACCCAUAAUUGACUCUGACUAGCAUUCUUGUUGACAGCCUCAGUAAAGAGGCAAAGGAGUGAACAAGCACACUCCACAAGGGUGAUUCUACUAUAUCAAUGAACAGGAACACUGGCAAUGUUAUGUCUGAGAGCCUGUCAGUAUGUAGAUGUGAACUUCAGGCUCCAGCACUGUGAUUUUGGCACCUUGUAGAUGCAGUAAUUUUUAUUUAGCAUUUAAAAGGUGGUGAUGGGAAGAUUUAAGAUAGACUAGAGCUGAUUUAGCCGCUGUGAAAGAACAAUAUCCUCUCUCCUUCAAAAAUGAAAAGGAAUAUACAACCUGCAGUGGGAUGCUGUCCUUCCUCAGGUGCUGAGGCCUAUAGCAGAAAGAAAAAAGUUACAUUUUACAGGGAGUCUUUCAAAUAGCAGUAGAAAAGAACAAUAAAACCUUAGCGAACACGGAAUACAGGAAACAAAGACUGUCCAUCUGUAGACUUUUUUUCUAAAACGUUUUAAGCAGACCAGAAUGUUCCUAGUAUCCAUAUUAGAUACCAGUGUUGAAAUCUAUAUUGAUCCAGCUCUCACCACAUAACUGAAGUAAUAUUCCUGGUCAAAUCUAGGAGCACAUGCUGUUUAAUUUUUUCAUACAAAAGUAGAAAUAAAAUCCAGCUACGUCGUUCCUAAUGAGCAAAGCCACACAACGUAUUGAGUUGCUGAGCGUAUCGUACUGAGAAGUGCUCGUCCGAGGUUUGAACAAAAACGAAGAAACAUGAAAACAAGCUCUGUUUUGCUGACAGACAAUUUACUGGUUACUGGAAGUUAUAUUUAACUCUUUCCAGUUUAUAAUUUUAAUCAACUAAAAAAUGUUACUUAUGUGAACAAAUGUCAGUUUGACAUAAAAUGAUAGUUUUAAAAUCUGACUGUGGUAAAAAUGUGUAUUACUGCAAAUAUUAGGUUAUCACUUACUUAAUGUAUAUUGUCAAAAAUGGGACGACAGCUCAAGCCAGUUAAAAUGGUCAAAGGCACCUGCCGAUGUUCAAGCAGCAUUACUUGUUCCAGCUGGUUGGCAAUUCUUUAACUUGCAGUUUUUUGUCCAUAAGAGCUAGUACCCUACCAAAUUCAGUGUCCAUUUUGGUCAAUUUCAUAUCAUAGGAUUUUAAAAAUAGGCAAUUUCUCAUGUGAACAUCUGCAACAGAGUGCUGUAACCGUGGGCCUCCCUACCCAAAAAAGAGCCAUGGAUUCCCACCCUUAUUUCUGUGCUGCCUUCAGAGCUAGGCAGCCAGAGAGCUUUGACGCGAGCGCCAGCACAGAAGUGAUGGUCGCAGGGUGUGGGAGGAGUCAUCACUUGGGGGGCAAAGGCCGGCCUUAUAGGUUGGCAACCACCAAGGGCCAUAUGGAGCUGGAGUUGGGGAGGUGCAGGGCUGGGGGCACCCCAGCUGGGGACUACCACCAUGUGCUGGGCUGGGGAGGGAUGAGGCUUCCUUGUGUCCUGCAGGGGCCACUUUGGGUGAGACCCCCCCCCAAGGAACCUCCCAUGGCUGCAGGAAGCUCUGCAGCUGCUGGUUGGGAGUCCAGCUCUGAAGGCAGUGCAGCUGUGGAGCUUCCAGCAGCCAGGGAAGAUUCCUGGAGGUGGGUCUGAUCUGGCCUGGGAACAGCCCCUGCAGAGGAAGAGCAAGAUCCAUCCCUCCAGUGUCCAGCUGGCACUAGCAGAUGGAGCCCAGCACAUGGGAGGAGCCCUCCUCCCCUACAGUAGCCAGAUUUCACAGCUCAUGGCACAUUUUUCAUGGCCAUGAAUUUGGUAGGGCCCUAAAACUAAAUUUCAAGACCUGCUAAUGGGUCAUGAAUACAUCUGUAUUUCAUGGUGAAUGGGUGUUUUUUUGGGGCGAGGUCUGAGGAUGAGCAGACAUUCUUCUUUUCCCAGUUGUUUUUAGUGUUACUUCCAUGAACACAGGGUCUCUGCUUUUAAUUCUCCUGCUUAUUCCCUAUCUGAAAUCAACUCUGACUUCUGUGGCUUUACAACAGGAGUGAAUUUGUCCUCAAAUAUGCAUAAGUAGUUGCUGCAGAGAUCAUGCCACAUAUGUUUUCUGAUAAGGGAACAAGUGGAGAAUAUUUAAAAAAAACAAAAACAACUAUCAUUCAUAUAAAAUGUUCCUAUUACUAAGAAUGGCGGAAGAGGGGAACAAAAUAGAAAAUGUGAGUUCAAAACUAUUUGUAAAUGUAACAUUUUCCAGCUUUCUCCAUGAAGUGUUCAGUUUUCUUUUCUGUCAUAUUCGAAGUGCUGGUGAAGAGGGAGGGAAAACAUAGUAGAUGAAAAGGUUAAAUUUUUUUUUUCUUUAAAGCAGCAUUCAGAAGUUUGCUCCCAUGUUAUACUAUAGUGCAACUGCCUGACACAUUAUGGGAGCCUUUAAACUGCACAAGUUGAAGCAUUGUAUGUUCCUAUCUAUUCCUAUUGGGAUUUGGGGACAAAAAAGACAGAAACCGACAAAUAGAAAAGACACCAAAUAGAGAAGAUAAUAUUGUAAAGGCAAAUAUAGCCAUUCUUAAAGGUUUUUUAUAAUGGAAAAAAAGGUGAGAGCAGAAGAACAUCAGAAAGAGGAAGAGCCAUAGUGAUAUGAGAAUGACAAUGGAAGAAAUACACCAAGCCAAACAAUCAGGAGAAAACUACAGAAUUUGAGUACAGGAGGGUGAUGAACAGAAAGACUGAGUGGGAGGGAAAUUAACUUAGUAAGAAGGGUUUCAUGGGGUGGGGGUACAAAAUGAGUGGGAAAAGACAAGGAGGUUGCAAUAACGUAUCUUAGGACAAAAUAAAUGAGAAGUAUAACAACAAAGCAGUAAAGACGUUGACACAGCACAGAAGAGCAGAAGACUGAGGCCCUGAUUAGGAAAGUGCUGAAGUAGCUGUCCAGAAUAGAGAUGGAUCCUUAAAUUGUUUUCCUCUCUUCUUCGGUAGUAUAGACCCCAAUCACAAUUAAGAGAGUCUUCACUCUUCAGAAAAAAUCUCAUCUUUAUAUUCUCACACUAUGUUUACAUUACACUGCAGGACUAUUAAUUUCUUUUAGUGUCAAAAUUCUCUCUUUUGAAGGCAAUUAUAGUAUAUGGCUCAUGAGUUAUUUCCACAUUAUAUAUAGGGUAUUUUGAAAAGGAAUUCAUUUAGAAGUCAGGCUGACACAACCCACCCAGAUUACCACCCAUUUCCCUUAACAGCCAGUGUGUUCCCUUUAUAUACUGUGUUUAUAUGGCUUCAUGGAAAGUACACUCUGCUCAGUACAUUGCUGAAAAAACCGCAAGGAAAGAAAAGAGACCAUGGUAGGGGGGAAAAAAGUUACUUUCCACUUUGCUAUCCAUAUAUCCAAAUUGUUCAUCAAUUCUAGGUGAAAAAGGGAUUUUAGAUUAAAGUGCAAGCAUUUUAUCAUUUGUGAUAUUAAAGACAACCCUAAAAUCAAUCAUGCUCCAAUACAAAAAAGGCAUUGAGAGUGUUAAAUUGUAGAUGAUGACGAAAGAUCUCACAGAAACACUUUACAGUAAGAACCAGAAUCUAAUGCAAUACUGCAACCAUGGAAUCCAAUGUCCCACAAAGCAGAAAAAUCAAGGCUAAAAUAUAUCAGAAAAAAAUGUCCAGUCUGACAUAUCAGACUAUUGAUCAGCCUCCUACCAAAUGAGGUGGAGAUGCUACUACCUGGUUAACCUUAAAUAGCAUUGAAGAAAACAAAUUUCCUGUGCAACAGAAUCCUGAGUUGGUAGGGUAACAUGACCUAGUAAAUAUUUUUGAUUGCUAAUUAUGUAUCAAUCAUGAAAACACCCCACCUUGAUUAGCUGCAGCUAAAUUAAUUGGAAAAUAAUCUUAUUUACCUCUGAAUUCAUGAGGUAACAUUUACUAAUUUCUGAUUCCUGAUGGCUCAACUGAGGCUCAUAACAUAUCUAGACCCUGUAACUUCAUUUCUUGUUAAGUUGUAAAAGAAAAAAAUUGAUAAACAUAAGAAAUGAAUGGCUAUAAAAAAGGAUAUAUUCCAGAUGAAAAUAUUCAGAAUGCACAUAUCAACACAUAAAAGUGACUUAAUAUUUUGACAUAGUCAACAUUCAUUGUCCCUUAAAGUAAAUAUCGGGCUUACCCUUGCAUCCGUCAGCAGGCCUGGUGUUCACCUUAACAGCAGUCAACAUUUCAUCAGAGUGAGAUCCUCCCUUUCAUUGUUUCCUCUCUAGGCCAAGUAAAAAGGCCAGAAUGUCUUAAAGGAGCCCUCAGCAGAGUAGAUUGUAGGUGGAGAAUUCUCCUGGUGCAGACAUUGUAGAAGACAGCUGCAAGGCUGUCCUUAAACGACCAACUCAACUCCUAGUGGGAGUGCUGAGGACAGGCCUAGGCUUGAGGAUAUAAAAGACAAAAGGAGAAAAUAAAAGCAAAGGUGACAAGGCAAUAGCAGUUCUCGCACAACAAUGAAAAGUAGCAAACUAAGUAGCAAGUAUAGUAAGAUUAAUGGGAAAUAUAAGUACAAAUCCUAUAUGGAAUUAUCAAUGAGAACUGAAAAAGACGGAAAAUUAAUUUAAUUAAUUAAUUAAAUUUUCUGAUUUAUAUGCAAAGAAGUUCCAGAGAAUAAGGAAGUCUUUUGUGGGAAACUCUGAAAACUGGAAAAUAUGGAAAUAUUUGGGAAGUAUGAAAAGUGCCAGUUGCAUAUCUAUAUACAGAAUGUACACAAACAUUUGCUGACAGCAUGUGUAAAUAUAUAUAUUCACAAAUUACCAAAUUCUGAUCUUGGUUACACCAAUGUAAAUUAAUUUCCAGAUCAACACUAAUGUAACUGAGAACAUUUGUCCCAUACACUAUAUAUAUAACAUCUGUAUUUAAUUGUGAUGAAUGAAUUAUCAGAUAAGAGAAUGGGUAUAAGUAAUCUUUGUGAGGAAUGUACGUUCAUAGAAGGUGAAAUUCCCUCUACGUAGUAAAACAGCACAAGGCCUACAUACCAGUGGUACUAUUUAAGCGCUCCAAAUAAGUCUUAAGUAGGAUUUAGGUGGUGUAUAGGCAUUGAAUUGGCCUAAUCCAUGGAAUGAAUUUCACUCAUAAUAAGAAGAAAAAACCACCAUUUUUCACACUAUGCUACAAUGUGUGCAGAGAAUCAAGUCAAGACCCUUAUAGGAUAUGACAUAUCAAAAUGAAAAGAACUAUUGCAGCAUAACACUUAUCAGUUCAAUUCUAUCCCAAGUAGUACGGUUGAUAUUAAAUAAAUGCCUUUAGGUGAUGGAAUUGUGUGCCAACUACAGUUUUUUGUUGUUUUUUUUUAAAAGGUGCAUCAGAUUGAUAAAUGUACUUUAUUUGUAAAAAAAGUAAAAAGUGCAGCUUAAUCUAUAUUUCUACUGCCUUAAAAACUAAUUAUUAAUUGCAGAGGGUAAUCCUGGAAUUUAUUUGUGGUAGGUACUGUACAAAGCUCCAUCUGCUUACAUUACUUGGCAUGUUACCAACACAAAACCUACAUAUUUGCAAAGGCAAGACUCACUGUUUCCUAUACUUUAUUUAACCACUGAUAAGUCAAACUAAUGCUAAGUAAUUUAGUGUUCUCGUGAUUGGCUAAUUAUGGAGAUGACAUUUAUGUGCAGUGCUUCAAAUUAAUGUAACCACACUUACAGUUUGCAUUCUGUUUAUCCCUGUUUACCAAAUGAAAAUGAGGAAUAACUAGGAUUUGGUCAUUUUGUAGAUUCCAGUUGAACAGAGAUGAAUUUCAUAAUUUACUGCUAAAGUAUUUUUCCCCCGAAACACUGCUUUUUCCCCAACUACUUGUUUUAA